GCACUCCAUGCAGUCUGGUGUUCAAGCGGAAAGUGGACGACUGCUACUCGCUCUCCCUCGUGAGGACGCGGAAGAGCAUGGACAAGUGCAAGGAAGACCUGCAGGCGCAGAUUGCGCAGUGCGGAGGCAAGCCAGUACGGACCGAGUAUCCUCUGGCAGGAGCACGCAAGCCUAGUAAGUCAGCAAGGCAAAGCGCCAAAAAGUGA